CCUGGCCCAGCCAUGAAUGCCACCUCGCCCAAGUCCUCGCUGGUCAAACUGGGCCUGCAUACCAGCAAACAAAAGACGCUAAAGGUCAUGGUGCUCGGCCAGAGCGGCGUUGGUAAAACGGCUAUGGUUGUGCGUUUUAUUACACGCCGUUUUAUUGGCGAAUAUGAUCCGAAUUUGGAGAAAAUCUAUACCUGCCAAACAACACUGGACAAAGAGUCGGUUCAGUUUGAUAUACUGGAUGCCACCGGGCAGCUGCACGAACUAGAUGGCGUUACACUGGAGUCCAAUAUACGCUGGGCCGACGCAUUUAUACUCGUUUACUCGAUUACAGAUAAAUGCUCCUUUGACGAGUGCAGCCGGCUGAAGUUCCUCAUCAACUACAACAAGCGUAGACGCAAACUGGGCUCCGCCAGCAAGGAUUACGCACUGGACAUACCCGUCAUACUGGUGGGCAAUAAGACAGAUCAGACUGGCGAUCGCAUGGUCAGCUUGGAGGAGGGGCAACGUCGCUUUCGUGAGCUCUCCUGCGCCUGUUUCCAUGAGAUUUCUGUCAGAGAAAACGUCGACCAGGUACAAAACGUAUUCCGCGAUGUGUUCCGCUUCUGGCGUGUGUUUAGCAAAUUUCCAAAGCUCAAACGUUCCACCAGCGACGUGGCGCAUGCCGCCGAUGGCAUCUUGACGCCCGAUUCUGGCUCAUGUUCCUUUUACGAUGCGCUGCCGCUGGGCGUGGCUCGACGCUCGUUCCUGGUGAUCGGCAGCGCCUGCCAAGAGGAGAGCGGCAGCGGCGAUCACACCGAGUCCACGGAUGACAUAGCCAGCAGCAGCUUGGGCAGCUCUCGCAGCGAUAUCGAUGCACCAUUCCGUAAUCGCGCCUCUACCGAUGGCACACUGCUGUCCAGACCCAGACGUUGGCGCUAUCCGCCUCCAGGUUGUCUAAUGCCGCACACGAAUCGUGUCGAGCGACGCAUGAGCAUCUCGACGAGGGGCAGCAAUGCCAGCUACUGAACUGGUGUCCAUUUAGUUAGUCCAAAUGUUGCGCCAAAUAUAUUUAUAGCUAAAUGUUCAUAUAUUUAAAGCGAAAGCAUUUAUUUCGAUUUUACGAUUAUCUGUAAUGAGAUUUAUUUUUUAAAUGGCUACUAAAUAUGCUCUAAAAACAAG